UCGCAACUUAUUAUUGUUAUCACAUUUUAACCAAUUCUUUUGCACUACAAAAUCAUGAUUUUGAGGUCGCUGCUCUGCAAAAAAGUGGUUUCAAAACUAGUAUGGAAAGGAAGCGCAGAGAAAUAUGGAACCGCGUUUUUUAUGUUCAGCAGAAACAUCUCCGCAAAAGCGGAGUCCAGCAAAAAUGAAUCAAAAGAGAGAACUGCCUCUGAUAUGUCUGUGAGCAAGCCAGCUUCCAGUCUUCCCAGUACAAGUGCCGCGGAAAAAGUGAAACAAGCCGGAAAGGAUGCGUUUUGGACUGGAAUAGUUAUCGCAGGGAUUGCGGUUACAGGACUGAUGGGUUUUGUUAUAUUGCGGGAACUUUUUUCAUCGACAAGUCCAAGCGGAGUGUAUUCUGAAGCUUUCAAGCGUUGCAAAAAAGAUCCCAGGGUGCAGUCCAUUUUGGGAUCUCCUAUGAAGGCGUACGGAGAACUGAGUUCGUUAAGAGGCCGUCGGCGACACGUGCAAUCAGCACAGUUUACCGACGGCCAAGCUCAGGUCAUUCAGCUGGUCUUUUACGUUAGUGGACCUUUCAGUGCGGCAACUGUGUAUGUCGAGAAGGAUGUUACUAAUUCGUCAUACAGAGUUUUAAGGUUUGAGACAGAUGAUGGAAAGGAAAAUUUUUCGUUGCUUGACGAUCCUGUGAAAUCUCGGCCUUCUACGAUAUUUAGUUGACUUCUGUGAUAUUGAAUACGGUUUUGUUGUGUUACGUACGCGAACUACAAGGCAAGCCGUUGAAGUGGCUUUCGAUCUUUUGCGGCAGUUUCGAUCUUGAACUCCACGUGGUUUUGCCGUACAAUAUACGAUGUCCGUUUUUCGAAUUUUAUUGCAAAUAGAAAAAGAGAUCGGUAAAGUCUAACCAAGCAGAGAUAGCUUUCCAAAUA